UCCUGGAACUUACUAUGUAUCACAAUACUAAAAUGGUUUCUCCCUUCCCAUUCCACUCUAUAAUAAUUUUGUUUCGUAAUUUUUGUCUCUGUGAAUGUAUUAUAGGCAGCUGCGAUAACCAGGUGCCAGAUAUGGAUGAAGUGUCAGACAGUGGUGAUGAAGAGGACUGGGAAGAGUGCAAUCCAGAGCCGAUGGCCACUACUGCCACCUGCCUGUUUUGUGAGCAGGGGUUCAACACUGUGGAUGACAUGUAUUGCCACUGCAACGUGAACCACAAUUUCGACAUCACGUCUGUUGUACAGAGAUUUCAUCUAGAUGAUUUCAGCUAUAUUAAAAUGAUAAAUUAUAUUAGGAAAGAGAAACCAUCAGUAGAUUUCUUUGGAAAUGAAGGCUGUGAUGGAACACCUUGGUGUAGCGAAAGUUAUUUGAAACCUGUAAUUGAAGAUGAUGCUGCAUUGCAGUUUGAUAUUGAAGAUAUCAGUGUAAGCAAUGGCGACCACAUUCAGUCAAAUCCAGAAGCAGUCGGACGAACAGGUGAUAAUAAAAAUACUACGCCAGGGAGUGAAGAAGAAGUCACAGUACCACGUGUCAAGUACCACGCUCUCAUUUCAAGACUAGAGGCAGCUGAACGCAAUGUGGCUCAGCUACAGGAACAAUUGUGCGAGUCGCAACAGAAAAUGGACAAAAUGAGGACGUGCGUGCGUGACAUCGUGCUGCCGUGUGACGAGGAUGCGGGGCAUGCGGCGAGCAGCAGCAGCAGCAGCGUGCAGCGUCGGCCCGCGUGCGAGGACCUCGGCUACUUCUCUGCCUACGCUCACCACGGCAUACACGAGGAAAUGCUCAAGGACAAGGUGCGUACGCUCAGCUACCGGCGCGCGGUGAUGAGCAACGCGGCCGUGUUUCGCGACGCGGUCGUGCUCGACGUCGGCUGCGGCACGGGCAUCCUGUCGAUGUUCGCCGCGCGCGCCGGCGCUCGCCGCGUCAUCGCCGUCGACAUGUCCGACGUUGUCUACCAGGCGAUGGACAUAGUCAGAGAGAACAAGCUGGAGCACAUCAUCACCGUGAUCAGAGGCAAAGUGGAGGAGGUUUCGCUGCCCGUCGAUAAAGUAGACAUCAUCAUAUCUGAAUGGAUGGGCUACUUCCUGUUAUUCGAAUCUAUGCUCGACAGCGUUCUGUACGCCAGAGAUAAGUGGCUGACUCCUAAUGGACACAUGUUUCCCAACUUGUGUUCCAUAAGCCUUGCUGCAGUAGGCAAUGUGAGCAAGCAUCAGGAACACAUUGGGUUCUGGAAUGACGUCUACGAUUUCAAAAUGUCGUGCAUGGUGUCGAUAGUGGAAAAGGAGGCUGUCAUAGAGACAGUGGGCAAAGAUGACAUCAUGUCGAACAGUGCUGUAGUGAAGGAACUGGAUCUGAAGACGUGUAGUGUGACAGAGCUGGAUUUUUCCAGCGAGUUUCUAUUAACGGCCUGCAGAAAGGGUGUAGUGACAGCCAUCACAGGCUUUUUUGACAUUCGAUUCGACAAAGACUUGCAGGAACCGGUGAGUUUUUCGACGAGUGCAGCCGACACGCCAACCCACUGGAAGCAGACGCUGUUUUAUCUGCGAGAGCCCAUACCUGUCUGUCAAGGAGAGGUCAUAAGAGGAAAUGUACAGGUGCUUAAAGACCCAAAGGAUCCACGGUCAUUACUUGUCACACUGUCUGUCAAUGGAAGAACCUUCAACUACACAAUGGAUUAGGCCUGAUAAGUCACUGCAUGUCAUGCCAGGCGUAUAUGAGAUUGGUAUAUUCUAAAUAAUCCUUAUGUACUCGUGGUCAUAUCAGACUAUUUUAAAACUGAUGCUUAAAUGACGAA